ACAUUCUGAGAAUUUGCUUGUUAUUCUUCCAAACACGCCUCUUACAGUGUGCUUCUUUAUCAGCUCCGUCGUCCCUAUCAUUUGCUCAAUGGCUGAUUGGUCGGAACUUCAACAUGAUCUCCUCGUUCUAAUUGCCAGACGAAUAAAUUUGAUAGAGGAUUACCUUAGUUUUCGUACUGUUUGCAAAUCGUGGCACGCUGUGGCUACCAAAGGGAAUUUCAACAGUGACCUGCCUAGGGUUCCAUGGCUAAUGCUAGCCGAGGAUGAACAUGAUGAUGAUCGCACAUGUAGGAAAUUUUUUAGUUUGUAUAACGGUAUGGUUUUGAAGAAGAGAAUUCCAGGAGCGGUUGGAAAAAGAUGUAUGGAGUCAAUGGGAUGGCUUAUCACUCUUGGAAAAGAUGAGGGGGAAAUGAGCCUGUUACAUCCCUUCUCCGGGGUCCAAAUCGAAUUGCCACAUCAAAAUACAACUGUAAGUUAUGCGUUUCACAGGACUUUCAAACCAUGGAUCUAUAUAAGUAAAGCAGUUUUAUCAGCUAAUCCUUGUCAUACAUCUGACUAUGUUCUCGUGGUCGCUGAGGGAAGAUUUGCUCACCUCAGUUUAUGGAGACCAGGAGAUUUGUUAUGGACGAGGAUUAUGGAGCCGACCUGCAAAAAUGUUAGUGAUGUGGUGUAUUUCAGUGGCAGACUUUACACGGUCAGUUAUGGCGGUUAUGUCCGAGUUUAUGAUGUUGGUGGCUAUGAAGUCAAAAGUCAUUUGAUAACACAGACAGUACCGUGGAUUGCAGGUAGGUAUUACAUCCUGGAAUCACUAGGAUCAUUAUUUGUAGUUGCACGACGUUCUAGUGAUAUAGUGCCUUUCAGAUAUGAUCGUGAAAGGAUUCCACCGAGGUUCAUCACUGUAGAGGAUGAUGAGGAGGGUGCGUUGUUCAUGUAUAGGACAAACAAUUUUCUAGUUUUUGAGAUCGAUUUGGAUGCUAACGAAGCUAUACCAACUAGGGAUUUAGGGGACAAAGCAUUUUUCCUGGGUGCUAGUGCUUCUCUUUCGGUCCAAGCUUCUCAAUUUACGGGAAUCAGGCCCAAUCAUAUUUAUUUUACAGAUACUAAUUUGAAUUCUUGCCUCUAUUUUGAUCACGGAGGCGGCUUGGACAUGGGGGUGUUCAACUUAGCAGAUGGCAGUAUUCAGCCGCAUUACGAUGGUGUUUCCCUCAGUCGUUUUUGUCCUUCAAUUUGGGUCACACCAAAUCCGUGUUGAAAUAGGAAGUGCGGAAGAUGACCAUGCUUGUGAACUGAGAUUUUUUGUCGCCUGUGGUCAACUAUUUAAAUGAUUAUUGGAUGAAGGAGAUGCAAAAGUUGAACCGAACUUCUCAUUGUUGCAAUAAUUACUGUUUAACUGGUAUCUGAAUAAAUAGUGGAUGAGCAAUAUCCUUUUUAUCCCUCAUCCCUUACUAUUUACUCUUUAACUGGUAUUCCCAUUUGUUCUGGAUACAGCUUUCAACUGUACCUUGACAGGCAUCCACUGAUCCCUAAAAUCCAAUUACAUCUGAUGACGUUCAUAAGAUUUCUGGCAAAUCUUGACCAGAAGUGCAGGCGUAUGAGUUAAGUUAUUUUGGAUGUUCAAGAAUGUAGCAUAAAUUGCAGCUACGCAUCUAGUGUAAGUUAGUUUUGCUGCUCAUUGCUAAAACAUGUCAUAUUUUAAUUGUUCUAUGUACAUGGUGGAAUUGUUACCA